AGAAGCCUUUGAGAAAACCGCCUGACUUUGACAGCAGCCUUUCAAAAUUAUAUGUAAUUUAAGCAGUAGGUGUCCUCUAUCUACAAUAUAGUCAUUGGAAUUGAGAGCUUUGUAUAAGACGGCCAUGUCCGACUCGGAUGAGACCGCCUGGAUCCCAUGGUUCUGCCGGCAGCGUGGCAACGAGUUCUUCUGCGAGGUGGACGAGGACUAUAUUCAGGACAAGUUCAACUUGAACUUCCUCGACUCGAAUGUAACCAACUAUCGCUGUGCCCUGGAAGUGAUCCUUGAUCUUAGCUCGGGUUCGGCCUCGGACCUGCCGCCAGAGUCGGAGCUGGAGGCGAGCGCUGAGAAGCUGUACGGGCUCAUCCAUGCCCGUUUCAUUCUCACCAAUCGUGGCAUCGAUCUGAUGCUAGACAAGUACUACAAGGGUGCCUUUGGCACAUGUCCUAGAUCCUUUUGCCAGCACCAGGCAGUGCUGCCCAUUGGUCUGUCCGAUAAUCCUGGCGAGGAGAUGGUCCGCGUCUACUGUCCCAGGUGCAACGAUGUCUACUACCCGAAGGCAGCACGCCAUUCCAAUCUUGAUGGAGCCUUCUUUGGCACCGGCUUCCCGCACAUGGCCUUUAUGGUGCAUCCCGAGGCGAGACCCAAGCGGGCCAAGCAGAAGUUUAUUCCCAGAUUGUAUGGCUUCAAGAUUCACCAAACUGCCUACAAACACUGCGAUACUUCCAAGGAUCUGGCAGGGACCCCAGAAAUCAAAUCCGAUCACUAAUGUUUUGAGCGAAAUUUCCCAUGUGAAACCCAUGUUUUGUACCCCUUUGUAGCCAUAGGCUUGCUGCCAGCUCAUUAAACUCUCAUAAUCAUAA